CGUUUUUGGCAAUUCUCCAGAAAUUAAUCUGUUGUUUCUUUCGAUCUCUCCCUAUUUCCAACAAUGGCGAUUCCGGUGACUUCAGUCCUACUCAUCGUGAUAACCCUCUCUACGAAGGCGUAUUUGAUCGAAUCCAGAAGCAACAAUAACAAUGUAUACUCUCCGUGUGCCGAUGCCUCUGUAGAAAAGUCCGAUAGUUUCACCUUCGGAAUCGCUUUUGCGGCGAGGACUGCGUUUUUCUUCAACAAUUCGGUCCAAUUAUCACCUUGCGAUAGGAGGCUCUCUCUAUCUUCGGCGAACUCACAGCUCUCCGUCUUCCGCCCUAAUGUCGAUGAGAUCUCCCUCCUCACCGUCAAUUCCAGCAGCUUUUCGCCGGAUUCUUAUGGUGGAUACAUGGUGGCGUAUGCUGGUAGAAAAUAUGCAGCAAGAUCAAUCCCUGCUUUUGUUGCAAACAGUACAUACAUUGUCACCAGCUUCACACUCGUGCUAGAAUUCCAAAAGGGUAGGCUGCAAAACUUAUACUGGAAAAGAGAUGGGUGUUCUUCAUGUUCAGGGAAAAGCAACUUUGUGUGUUUAAACAAUGAGGAUUGUGCAAUUAGAACUAAUUCAUGUAAGAACAGAGGGGGAAAUGUCGAUUGUAGCCUUGGGAUUCAACUUGCAUUUUCUGGAACAGAUAAACAUGAAUCUGUUUUUAACUCAUUUUAUGAAGUUAAAAACUUGAGACAAUAUUCGCUAUUCGGGUUGUAUAAAAAUAUCAAGGAUUCUCUUACUAGUCAAUACAACAGCUUCUUUUAAAUAGCUUCUAUGCUUCAACUUUUUAUUUAUUUUUAUUUUUUGUGACAGAAAACAGUAUAAUUUUGUGAUUAUUGAACACAUGAGAGGUG